GUAUCGAUAUAAUUGCACAUGUAAUUCGUAAAAAUUCACCGUAAAAAUUCACAGUUGCAGCUGCAAGAUCUACAAUUUGUUUGGAAAAUUUAAUUAUUGCAAAUAAUUAUUUGAAGCAGAAUGGGUGAAGAUAAACCUGCAGAUUCUCCUGUAGCAGGAGAUGAGAUAUCUAAAAAAGCACUCAAAAAACAGCAGAAGGAGGCAGAAAAAGCAGCAAAAAAAGCAGAAAAAAAGGCUCAGACUCAGCAACAACCUGCGGAGGAAUCCAUGGAUGUGUCUGUGGAAUGUUAUGGGCAAACAAAUAUGAUUCAAAGUAAGGAAAAAUUUGAGGAUAGAAAGUUUAAAGCAAUCAAGGAUCUAAAUAAAGAACUGGAAGAUCAGACAGUCUGGUUGAGAGGUCGCUUACAUACUAGUCGUGCAAAAGGCAAACGAUGUUUUAUCGUGUUGAGACAGCAAUCUUAUACAGUGCAGGGAUUAGCUAGUGAAGGAUCAACCAUAAGCAAGCAAAUGAUUAAAUUUAUAUCCAAUAUUACGAAAGAAUCUAUAAUCGACGUUGAGGGUAUGGUAAAAUCUUCGCCGAUAAAGAUCGAAUCGUGCUCGCAGAAGGAUGUGGAAAUUGAACUGAAAUGCGUCUUCGUGAUAAGCGCUGCAAAACCACAACUUCCUCUGCAAAUAGAAGACGCUGCCAGGCCUAUUAAUGAAAUGGAUGAAAUGGAUGAGUCGACGUUGAACAUACGAGUAAAUCAGGAUACCAGACUGGAUAAUAGAGUGUUAGAUUUACGUACUCCAGCUAAUCAGGCAAUCUUUAGAGUAGAAGCUGGUAUCUGUAAGCUUUUUAGAGACAUUUUAACAAAGAAGGGUUUUGUAGAAAUCCAUACUCCCAAGAUCAUCUCUGCAGCUAGCGAGGGUGGAGCGAACGUGUUUACGGUAUCUUAUUUCAAAAGCAAUGCUUAUUUGGCGCAGUCACCUCAAUUGUACAAGCAGAUGGCAAUCGCUGCCGACUUUGAUAAGGUCUUUACCGUCGGAGCAGUUUUUAGAGCGGAAGACUCAAAUACGCAUAGACACCUGACUGAAUUCGUGGGUCUGGAUCUAGAAAUGGCUUUCAAGUAUCAUUAUCAUGAGGUAGUAGAUACCAUCGGACAAAUGUUCACCGAUCUGUUCAAAGGCUUGCGUGACAAAUACGCGGACGAUAUAGCAGCAGUAAAUAAACAGUACGCAGUAGAGCCUUUCAAGUUCCUGGAGCCAGCUUUAAGAUUGGAGUUUCCUCAAGCGAUUGAGUUGUUGGCCGAAGCAGGCGUGACUUUGGGCGAAGAGGAUGAUCUUUCGACACCAGAUGAAAAGCUUUUGGGAAAGCUCGUCAAGGCCAAGUAUGACACAGACUUUUACAUUUUGGAUAAGUAUCCACUUGCUGUGAGGCCUUUCUACACUAUGCCAGACCCAAAUAAUCCUAAAAUUUCCAACUCGUAUGACAUGUUUAUGCGAGGUGAGGAAAUCAUAUCUGGCGCGCAGCGUAUUCAUGAUCCAGAAUUUCUCACCGAGCGUGCUAAGCAUCAUGGAAUCGAUAUUGAAAAAAUCAAAUCUUAUAUCGACGCUUUCCGGUAUGGCUGUCCACCGCACGCUGGUGGUGGGAUAGGUUUGGAACGUGUGGUGAUGCUAUAUCUCGGACUGGAUAAUAUUCGCAAGGUGUCCAUGUUCCCACGUGAUCCUAAACGUUUGACGCCUUGAAAAAUUUGUAUAAUUACGUUACUUUGCUGAAUAUAAUUAUAUAUCAUGAUGGAGUCGACGAAUGUUAUAUUAAUACAUAUAUAAAAAAUAUAUAUA